AUGACGUGGCUACGCCUCUGGCAAGUCCAGUGGACAGAUGGUAAGGAAAAAAGCCCAUCGCUGAUUCUUCUCUGCCAUUUGGGCCAAGGCCUUCAGAUCCAGAGAGGCAUACCCCAGCCCACUAGACAGGAUUCAUGUAAGCGCAUUGCCAGCAUCGUUGUCAGUAUCCUAUAUGAUAGCCUCCGCUACUAUCAUAUCGCUUCCUACCGCGGCGAUAUUAUGAUCCCAGACCCACCCGAUGAGAUCGGGCGUGGUGUCAACUACCCAGGACUUCCACUUUACUCCAUCGACCUUUGA